ACAGAGGCGGCCGCGGAGGAGGCUGCUGCGAGCCCCAGGGGCGCGGCGCAGAGCGGAGCAGAGCCGCGCCGCUGGCCCGAGGCUUCACAGCUCCGCGCGCAUCUCCCCGGCUCGCCAGGGCUGCUAGGGCAGCGGCGGCAGACACAGGCGGCCGCUGCGGCUGGGAUUCGGCGACCGCCCAGGGCUGAGGAUGCUCCUGGUCCUGGUCCUGCCCUUGCUGCUGGGGGGCGCUUGCGCAGCUCCGGCGGCGGAUGGCGGUGCCGAGCUGCCGCCCGGGGAGCCGGAGCCGAGCUUCCCUCGGGAGGAGGCCAGUCUGAACGAAAUGUUCCGCGAGGUGGAGGAGCUGAUGGAGGACACGCAGCACAAGCUGCGGAACGCAGUCAAGGAGAUGGAGGCUGAGGAAGAAGGGGCAAAAAACCCAUCAGAAGUUGACUUUGAAAACUUACCUCCCAGCUACCAUAAUGAAUCCAACACAGACACCAAAAUUGGUAAUAAAACCAUUCAUACCCACCAGGAAAUUGACAAGGUUACAGAUAACAAAACUGGAUCAACAAUCUAUUCUGAGACCGUUAUUACAUCUAUAAAAGAUGGAGAAAGCAAGAGGAAUCAUGAGUGCAUCAUUGAUGAGGAUUGUGAGAUAGGGAAAUAUUGCCAGUUCUCCAGUUUCGAAUACUUAUGUCAGCUCUGUAAAACCCAACAUUCUCCUUGCUCCCGAGAUGUUGAAUGCUGUGGAGACCAGCUUUGCGCCUGGGGUGAAUGUGUGGAAGCUGCAUCAAAAGGCGAGAAUGGCACAAUUUGUGAAAAUCAACAUGACUGUAAUCCUGGGACAUGCUGUGCUUUUCAGAAAGAUCUUCUGUUUCCUGUGUGUACUCCAUUACCUGCAGCAGGAGAACCUUGCCAUGAUCCUUCAAACAAACUCCUGAACCUGAUCACAUGGGAACUGGAACCAGAUGGAGUGCUUGAGCGCUGCCCAUGUGCAAAUGGCUUCAUAUGCCAGACUCACAGCCACAGCACCGUGUCUGUAUGUGAAGUGUCUUUUAAUGAAACCAGAAGUAACGAAAAGGAAGACCCUUUGCUCAUGGAUGAAAUACCGUUACUUGGUUUGAUACCCAGAGAUGUGCUUGGUGAUUAUGAAGACAGCAGUAUCAUUCAGGCAGUGCGGAAGGAAUUAGAAAGCCUGGAAGGAAAUAUUUCCGAACAGACAGAUUUAAAGGAGCCAGACUUGGCUCAUGAUCUGCUCUUUGGAGAUGAGAUUUAAAUUAAACACAGGGUAGGAUUGGUCACUGACACGAUACGAAUUAAAUUUCUAGAAGUGUCUAGUAUUUUGCUUGUAUAAAUUCUGAACACACACACUGCUGGAUAGAAGUGCAAUAAAUAAUAUUUUAAAGGGGUUUCUUCCUAUUCUCGUCCCCCAAACCUGCACAGACUUUUUUUUUUUUUUUAAUCCAUUCGGAAGGUUGGACUAAAUUAAAUCAGAAAGGGCAAGUGUGGGCCAACAGUGUCAGGUUUUUUUUGGACUAGUUACUCUGUUCUGGGUACCAAAAUAAACGUACUAGUUUGGUAUUAAGGGGAAAUGAGCAUAAUGUGUCAAAGUGUUAAUGUUUCAUACAUAAUCUCAUUUAAAUUAUUGGUAACCCUCAAGUGAAAGUUUUGAGCAUUGCAUUUUCUGUACAUAUGUUUGGAAUGGUUGUUAUUGUUCUGGGGUGAGGAAGAACCCACUUCUUCGUCUAAGAUGAUUAUUUUCGGGCAUUGGUCUUCAGCCAUGUAUGUGUUUCUUUUAAAAAUAUAUAAUCACAGUGAAGUUGCAAUAAA